CCUAUAAUAAAAACGAUAUAUUUUUAUAACUUUCAGGAAGAAAAAGAAAAUGUCAACGAAUGUGGAACCUUGCGGUGAUUUGGAGAAAGGAAAAGCAUUUGACGAUGGAGCUUAUGAUGGAGUUAGCAAAGUGAUCGUCGGAGAACACCCCACUCACGGCGUUGCGUAUCUAAAGAUAGAGUAUAUGAAAGAUAAAGAUAAAAAGAAAAGGAAAAAUAAUAAAGAUGGGAAUCUCGUGGAGAAACAACAUGGAAGCAUAAGGGGGCAACAAAUCACAGAGUCUGUUUUUGCCCUCGACUACCCAAACGAGUAUAUUACAUGGAUCAGCGGACGUUUCAUCACAUACGUUAACCAUACGGUGUUGCAGCUUCAGUUCAUGACAUCACGCGGGAGAUCUUCCGAGGAGUUUGGUACGCAUUCGACUGAGAGAGUAGCAAUGGAUACAGAAGACAUCGAUUUGAGUGCGGAUGGAACAGAGCUUGUUGGGUUGCAUGGACGCUCCGGUGAUGUUAUUUACUCAUUAGGAGCUCGAUUUGCCACCGUUUCUUCGGUUCAUAAGCCAUCAUACCUUAAAGGUGGAAGCUACGGUGUUCCUUGGGAUGAUGGGGUUUAUAAUGAAGGUGUGAGUAAAUUGUGGGUUGGAGAAGGUGAUGGCCAUCUGAGCUACAUCAAGUUCGAAUAUUGCAAUGGAGAUGUCUGGGUACCCUCAACCUCACAACCGGGUGAUUUUGAUAAAAUCAAGAAGUUGAUACCUCAUUCUCACGGCGAGGACCCACAAGAAGAACCAAAAGAGUUUGCCAUGCUCCAUGUUGAUGAAUACAUUACAUCAAUCGAGGGCACUUACAAUGAUGAUGCUGAUGUUUCCCCGACGGAGAGAGCAUUGACCUCUCUAAAAUUUAAAACAUCACAAAACCGAGAGUCUAUGAUGUUUGGGAAAGCUGUUGGUGCUAAGUUCAUCAUCAAAGGGGAGGGAGUUUACACAAAACUUGUUGGUUUCAUGGGAAAAUCAAAUCUCAAUCGUCUUUUUGCUCUCGGAGCCCAUUUCACAGUGGCACCUCCUAGAAGAUUUGCAGUGGUAAAAGGUGGAGAUACUGGGAAUGGGAUUGACUGGGAUGAUGGUAUACACGGUAGGGUCCGUUUGAUUAAAGCAGCUAGUCGGUGGCCGAGUAUCCUUGCUAUCGAUUUUCAGUAUGUUGAUGAUGGUUAUGAAUAUCGCAUUCUCUAUGGAGGUUUUGGUCAAGUAAUGGAAAAGGGUGACACGUAUGCUGUGUCGCCGCCAGUGUUCGCACAUUCGUAUGAGCUCUAUGCUGAUGAAUAUGUCACCUCCGUUGAAGUAGGCAUGUUAAAAAAUUAUGAUCAUAACACUCUCUCCAUAGCGAUGCUGAUAAUGAAGACAAACAGGGGAAGAGCUCUCAAGUUUGGUCGCGAUCCUAUUGGCCCAGGUUCUUCAGUGACAUAUGCCAAAAAGUUCGUUUUGCAAGAGAGAGGUCAUAAGAUAGUGGGCUUCUUUGGAAGAUCUUCGGAAUUUCUCGAAGAAUUGGGUGUUCACCUUGAGCCAAUUAAUGAUGCAUGAGCCUUUUUUUUUAAUUUCUUUGCUUUUUUAUUGGUACUCUUAAGCGGUUAACUUUGCUUAUCUUUAUCUUUGCGUUGCGUCUCUAUGUCAUAGUCUGUCGGUCAAUAAUUCAAACUUUCAUGA